AUGUCGACAAAUACGACAACAGAGCCUCCAGCGUCAGAUGAGUGUCUUUUGGAAGAUUUGGAUAGCGAUUUUCAAGCUCUUAGUAACAAUCGAAGAACCGCUAGUAAUCGUUUUGACGAAAAUGGUGUUUUCAGUAUCAAUUGUGCUCUCCAUGGAAUUGUUGAAAGGCUCUACGAUAUUUUUGAGGGAGAAGGGAGAAAAUAUGCUUUCACUGGCGUGGAACAUGUUCUUCAAAAUUUGGAAGACGAUCAACAAUUGCUAAUUAUGUAUGAUAUCGCCUGCGCAUGCAGAGAAACGUUUAACAACUAUUUCCCAGAGCUUGAAAGCAGGAGUGAUAUUUGGUAUGCUGUGAGCGUCUUCCACGCAUAUGCUCACAGUGCUGCUUACCAAGCAAAGAAUAAUCCUAGGUAUGUGGAUCAUGCCCAAGGCCUGACAGAUGGAGAAGGAGCAGGUAUGUUAAGUAUGAUCUAA